AUGGCGAACCUCGAGCCGGUGGAGAAGACCGCGGUCGUGUCGGACUCGACCGGCGCCGAUGCGGUGCCAGCAAUUCGGGCGCGGCCGACUCGCUCCAGUUCGGCGCAGCUCGCCUUGGAGCCCACCGCGCUCUUAAAUCGCCUCGAGACCAUGCUCCUCGGCAACCAACCCGUCCCCGCACCCUCCAACGAGGUCAGCAUCGUCGGCGAGGUCACCAACGGCAUCAUCAUCGCCGCGAAAGCUGCCGUAAACACGCUCUUUUCGUCGCAGCGGCGCGGCGCGCUGAUGGCUCUCCAGAUAAAGAACCUGAAGAAGGCUGCGCUGGCGUACCUUGUGUGGGACCUACGCGGCGAGCUGGCGGGCGCGCGACUCGAGCAGGCGGUCGUGUACGGCAAGCGGCUCGAGACGCACGCGAGCGGCGUGGACAAGGAGUUGGGCAAGUGCAAGCGGCGGCAGGCGGGCGCGGAGGCGCUUCUCGCUGUCGUUCCAGAAACGUUGCAGGACGUGCCCACGCCAGAGGAGCCCGCGGUCGAGGAGGAGCCGGCGGUCGAGGACCUGCCGGCCAGCGACUCCCGUCCCGACGACGCGUCUUCGGACAGCGAUCGGGAAAGCGUCUUCGAACGUCGGGUGACCCGUCGGAUGAUCGACGCCGGCCUGAACGAGGCGCAAUUCGAUGAUAUGCGGAACGUUUACGGGAUUCAGCUCGCCCACGAGGACAAGUGCCACGAGUGUGCCAAGCUGCAGGCUCGGGCAGUGAAACUGUAUGAUAUGCUCCUCCCGUACCUCGAGCGCGACUGGGUGCCACUGGAGGAGGCAUUCCAGCGGCUCGACCUUAUAGCUGCUCGGGAGCGCUCGGGCGAAGCGAUUUUUGGCGGCAGGGCUGUUCCAAUCUUGUGA